GAUCUAAAGACGGGACUGAGUUGACUCAGAAUUUUCCGCAGUUAGAAUUACUGCUAAUGCACAUACCAGUCGACUCAUCAGAAUGUGAAGCAGUUUUAGAAACUUUUGAAUUAAGACGUAAAGUAUAUCGAGAUUAUCAGUAUCAUGCUUUACAGCAAGGAUCAUUAGAACUCAAUGUGACUGACUGGCUUAAAAAGAGUGUCCUGAAACGUACAGAAACCUCCGGAUCAUCUGGAAAAUAUAAAUGCAGAAAACCUGCAACAACUCAUGUUUUGAUUCAAACAAACAGAUUAGAGCACCCCACAUUAAGUAUCCCCGAAAAGAGCAAAGAUGUUCAUGGAUAG